AAAUGGAGGCAACACGGCAAUGCGUAAUACUGGUCAGGAGACGCACGCACACAUUUACCUCGCAACCCUCCCUCAUUUUCACUUCGCCUCGUCUAGCAAGCAAGUUAACGAUAGCCUGCUUCACGCUUCCCAUCGCUUGCUUUAACCGCUAAUGUAGCAUUUCAUGCACUGCAUUCAGUGCUUGCAUAGAAACCCAGUACAGUUAAAGAAAUAUUAAGAAAGUUUAGUUUGUAUGCUCAGGCACCAGAGUACAUUCAUCCACUUUCGCGACGUGUCGAAAAUGGAUAAAUGAUAGGUUGAGUUAGUAGGUGAGAAUGACUUAAAAAUACGUCCGGGAGGCCGAUUAUUUAUCACAAAGUCUGAUGAAACAGCUGUCUGGUCAGGUUUUUUUGUUGGACUGAAGCCACAUACUUGGAGAAGUGAGGGGGCGAAGAUGAGGGCCGAGUGAAAGUGGCGUGGACAGGACUUCUGGGGUGCAGGAGGGAUGUGAACAAGACUGAAACAAGAGGACAAACUACAGCCCCCACUAAAGUGCCUACGCUGGGAGCAGCAGCGGCGGAAGCAGCAGCAACAGCAGCGGAAGAAGCAGAGGCAUUCCUGGCUUCCAUGUGGGUCUACCUGCUUGGAUAAAUCUCCCCCCUGCUGGCUUGUGUGAGUCUUUCUGUUUGUGUGUGUGUGUAUGUGUGUGUGUCGCGUGCGCGCGAGUGUGUGUGUCGCGUGCGCGCGAGUGUGUGUGUGUGUUUGUUGAGGGCUUGGCCUUGACUGGGAUUAUAUUUCACCCUGACAGGCAGACAGUUUCUCCAGCUCUUCUCCCCCCGUCUCCUCCUGCUGCUAUUCCAGCCCAUUAGAUCAAGGACACAGGUCCAUUAGUUGUCCCUUUAAAGACCUCACCUCAUCCCGACGUCCGGUCAGAGUACCCCCUCCCCACCCCGCCUCACCUCUCCUCUCCCACUCCCUUCUGUUUUCAGACAUGUUAGCAUAAGUGGCUAGCAGCACUAGCGCUUGCUUUGCUUUGGCGAUGGGUCGUUUGGGCGCUUGAGAGGAGAGGAACCUGCGAAGGACUUUUCUUCGGGCCGGACGCCGUCGAGGCAGGGAGUGGCGAGAAGGUGACCCGCCACACACACACACACACACGCGCGAGCGGAAGGACGCACUCCCGGAGCCCUGCGGAGCCUGCCUGCAGAGGGGCCGCGGCCGGACACGCCCCAGCAUGCCACGCUAUCCUGCCUGACCUUGGCACCUCGCUCCUGAGACAGAGCUGGACUCUGCAGACACCCCCGCACCCAACCCCCAACCCCCACCCCCCCCACACUUAACCACCACACCUGCAAGGACAUCCAUAAAGCAUCUCUGUCCAACGACCCCACCUCUUCACCUCCGUUCAAUCCUGCUGGACUUCAGUAGACUCACAGCUAUUGACAAACUGAUCACUGGUCAGUAGUGUUUCUGUUGUUGUUUGUUUUCUCAAAGGGAUUGGUUUGCCUCACCUGCCUGCUCCAACACUGGGACACUGAGAGUUGCAGUGCUAGAGAUCAGCUAACCCAACUUGCCAUCAUUUCACUGAGGAGCUGUAGGGUGUUUCCUUCUCCAUUGUUGCUGUGUGCUCUGUGUGUGUCGCCGUGCCCUCCAUUGCCACUGGGUGCCCCACUGCUGCUGGCUGCUGCUGCCCGGCCCCGGCCCCCCCUCAACCCCAACCCCACCCCGCUGGCAUCUGUCAUCGCCCCCUCAUCAUGGCCGUCAACGUGGCGGUGGGCCGCGACGCCAAGUGGCUGACGCUGGAGGUGUGCCGCGAGUACCAGAGGGGCACCUGCUCCCGCUCAGACGCUGAGUGCAAGUUCGCCCACCCCUCGCGCAGCUGCCACGUGGAGAAUGGCCGUGUCAUCGCUUGCUUCGACUCGCUCAAGGGCCGCUGCACACGCGAUAACUGCAAGUACCUGCACCCCCCGCCGCACCUGAAGACCCAGCUGGAAAUUAACGGCAGGAACAACCUGAUCCAGCAGAAGACGGCUGCCGCCAUGUUGGCUCAGCAGAUGCAGUUCAUGCUGCCAGGGACCCAGCUGCAGCCCAUAACCUCGUUCCCAAUGUCCCCCUCGCUGACCAACAGCCCCGGCAUGGCGUUCGGCCCGUACCUGAGCCACAUGAGCCCCGGCAUGGGGCUGAUGCCCGAGCUGCUGCCCAGCGCCCCCGUGCUGGUCCCGGGGAGCCCCACGGGAAUCGCCAUGGGGAACGGAAACUCGGCGCAGAAGCCGACGCGCACAGACAAGCUGGAGGUAUGCCGUGAGUUCCAGCGGGGGAACUGCACCCGGGGCGAAAACGACUGCCGCUACGCGCACCCCAUGGAGGCGGCCAUGGUGGACGGCAGCGAGAACUCGGUCAUCGUCUGCAUGGACUACAUCAAGGGCCGCUGCACCCGCGACAAGUGCAAGUACUUCCACCCGCCCGCGCACCUGCAGGCCAGGAUCAAGGCCGCCCAACACCAGGCCAGCCAGAACGCCGCCGCCAUGGCGUUGCCUCCAGGUUCGAUGCAGGCCCUCCCAAAGAGGCCCACCCUGGAGAAGAGCAACGGAGCGUCGGCUGCCGUCUUUAACCCCAGCAUGUUCCACUACCAGCAAGCCCUGGCCAACAUGCAGCUGCAGCAGCAGGCCUUCAUCCCCACAGGCCCAGUCCUCUGCAUGAGUCCCUCUGGAGGUGUUGGUACGUCCUUUGCCCCCACUCAGUGGCUAUUCAAACCCCCAGAGAGCCGCUGGGAGAGGAGGGAUUGGAACAGUUGCAGGCAGCCCCACAGUCGCCUCCUAUCAAUGCCCGGACAUGCUGUUCCCAUGAUGCACGGUGCCUCCACUUCCACUGUUUCGUCGGCUACGACCCCAAUCACCAAUGUUCCUUUUGCCGAGUCAGCAGCCUCCAAUCAGACCCCUCCGAGGUUCUGAGUGCCGACCCAGUUGACCUCCAGUGCAUUCCCAUGGAAACCUACUUCUGCCCCGUCCCCAAACUCUUUGUGGCCGCCCCCAUGACCCUAAGCCCAGUAGGCCUCAACCGAAACUCCAGUUAAUACGCCAUCAGCCUGUUAGACGCCCUGUGCCCAGGAGCACAGCGCAAAAUGGAAUGCAGCAAACAUGUGCCUAAUCUAUAUGUUCCCCCGAAGGGGCCAUACAUUCACCUCCCCACUCUCCCAUCUCUGAUACGUUCACAUUGUGGAUUUAAAAAAAGAAGAAAAAAAAAAAAACACAACACAUCGACAAAGGUUUUGUGAAAAACUAUCACAGGCAAUACCUAUGUUUGGGCCCACAACUGUUAAAGGAAGCCAGCCAUGUUGAUGCAAAGAUGACGUUCCCCCAAAGCGAGGCGAUGUUGCAGCAGGUAAAGCGGAGCUCUCCAGACCUUACAGCCAUACAGACACACAGAUGAUUGAUGGAUCUCACAGUGACCCAUGAGUGCACACUGGUGAGAGCGUUGGACCCUCCUGCGCAGCCUGCGAGGGCUCAGGAGAAGCAAGCGAGCUUGAGGCACAGUCACGUGAUGGCACAGCACACAGGCCUGACAGGCCGAGAGCAGAAAACAAGAUGGAUGUGAAGGGACCGUGUGCCUGUGUUCCAAGCUUUUCCAUUCUGAGAUGAGUCCCUGAGGCCUUUUUGUUUUUGUGGUGUUUUAGGUGAUGUCGGCGAAUUUUAUUUGGAAUUUUUACCUUUUGUUGUUUUGGUUGCCCAAAAUGAAAUAAUGAUCCUGAAAGAGCAUUGUCAUGUUUACAUUUCAAAAUGGCUGUAGAACACCUCUUCUUUUUGAUACUGUUUCUUGGUAAUGUUUUGUUUGUAAUCAUAUUUCCAUUAGGCUAUGAUUGUAAGUACCUAUUCCAAAACAGCAUCCAGGGCAGAUAGCCAGGAGGUAGGAAGGCUUCAUUUUUGUCAAUUUGUUUGUGCCUUUGGGUGAUGAGCUCUUAAUGAAUGGGCUGAUAUCUUCUGUCUCUCCCUUUUAGUAUUGUUAUGGAUUAACUCAGACCCACAAUGCACUUGAUGAUUGGGAAUACAACUGCAGUUGUAUGGGUACAAAAACAUCAUGCUGGAGGGUUUGUCCAUGUCCGUGUGUAGUUGUAAGCUAUAGAAACACAGGACUGCAUGUUGUAGCGAUUGGCUGCACGAGGUGCAUUCCUGUGUGUCGUUAACACAAGCCUCCCAGCAAAUUGUCUUCAAUGCUCGUAAUGAAGUAUUUAAUAAUGGUUGAUCUGAAAUGAUUGUCUAAUACUAUGUGGUCUUUUGUGUAUGUGCGAUUCCAAAUUUAAUGAAAGAAUGUUCUUCGGUAAUGAGUUACAGAUGAUGCAUCCAUAGUUAUUGAACAGAACUAGAAUGUGGCAGACACAUUGGAACAGUAGGUCUGUCUUGGAAUGUCGCUCAUACCUUUUAACUGCCUUAAGCAGCUGAUUAUCGAUGUCUGAGUAUGUCUUAAUAUGUGUAAAAUCAGUGUUUCUAGAUUCCAGCAUUGCAGACUAAUUCUGCAUGGAUUAUAUUAUUCAGGUAGCUGAAUAUCUCCUCUAGUUUUAAAACAUGAAUAUAGAAAUGUGCCCCUUUACAUCCCAUCUAAGGGCAUAAGGUUGACUGAGCUGCACUGUCCGUUUUUCCUUUCUCCUCUCGCAGUCCUGAGUGCGUCUGUCCCCUGACCGUAUGCAGUGGACGAGCCUUUUUUCUCAGGGCAGAGCCAUCUCUGCCGUGUGCCAUGUCCCCUGAUGCCCUGGAGAGUCGCAAUCUGUUUGUCUGUCCCCACCGCUUCGCUCUGGCAGAGACAUGCGCAUAAAUAUGCGAUUUUGAGCCCCUGAUUGUGUGACCACAACACAAGAAGUUUGAGCAGAGCUGCCCUUCUUAAUUUAAGCUAGAAUGUACUGUAGAGAUUACUCACGCCUCUGUGCCCAGAAAGGUGGGGUAGGUGGCUGAUGUUAGUGUAUAGGCCAACAGAUCUGCAUCCUCCCAGGUAUCAGUUUCCCUGAUGCCUGUCAUUUUAUUGCAUUUUAGUUAUUAAUAUCCCCCCAAAAAACAGUGCAAUUGCCAACAGGAGCGCCAUUUUUAACUUGUUCAUUUAGACUACUUUUAGGUCAGUAGUCCUAACACUGCACAUGGAAAUAAAGCUCAACAAUAUUGUAAACUAGACACGUUUGGUUUAGGAUAAGGUGGACAUAUCAGUCACUCUGAAUCACUUCUUGUACUUAGUGUGCUGGGAUGCCUGGUGAAUUUGCCACCGCUGAGUGUUAUUAUCUUGUUGAACAGGAUCUUAGAUGUCGUGAGAGAUUGUCAGACUGAUAUGGGUUUUUGAUCACAAUAACACCCUCCUGUUCAGCUUGUGUGAGAGUGCAUGCACUCAUCUAUGGAUAGAGGCAUUGUUAUAUCCCCUGUGUCGCUAAUAGGCUAGGUGAUGUCCAAAACAUGUCAAUGUGUGGCUUGUUUGUUGAGAGGUACCGUUUUGUUCCGAUUUUGGAAUCAGGUUGAAUUUGUUAUUGUCUAUUUGGUGUUUUUUGGGAUUCUUUUGAAAGAGCAGUUGGUUUCAUUAACAGUUGGUGUGUCCUUGCUUUCAAGUCACUGGACUCUAAACAGCAGUGGGACAUUUUAGGGAGUGAAUCAGAAGUGUGCAAGUGAAAGAGAUGGACCCAGCAUGUGGUUCUAAUGGCUUCGCUAACAAAGGUUGACUCCUAGAAUGACAUCCAGAAAGGGCCUUAUCUGCAUAUUUGAAUGUGACAUUUAGGACAAAUGGAAUGUCAGAUGAGAUUGAGAAAGAGGGCAUUCUGUUGGGGGAAAGAAGUUGCUAAAAUGGCUGGACACUGCAUCUCUGUGAGACCGUGGCCCUGUUGCGCCUGUGGAAUUUGCUAUGAGCAGCAAGUAGGUCCCAUGUAAUCAGUAUACCUAGUGUGUUGUUGUGAGUGGAUAGACAAGCUAGGAAUAGAAGAAAGGGGCUUGAGCACAUUGUAACUGAUUAGAGGGUAACAAAAUCAAAACCACAGAAAGACAAUUUACUGUGUCAUGAGUAUCUGGUAGAUUAUAUGUGUCUAAAAAUUAUUUUGGUAAAAUAUGUGAAAUCUGCAUUAUAUAAGUCUAAUAUGUUUUCGUCUUGAAAAUAACUGUUCAAAAAGAUGUUCAGAGAUGUUGUCAUUUAAAAACAAAUUGUCUAAUUUCAGUUACUAAAAUUCGGAAGCUUAUUACUAUGUACAUCAAAUGAAUUUAGUUGGAUCUUAAUGUCCUGCCAAGCUGUGGGAUUCUCCUCUCUCUCCUUCACUGUUUCCACUCGCUUUCCCUCUUUCUCUCUCUCAGUGAGAAUUAUGCCUUCUCCAACUGCUGUCCAGCUGGAAAUAACAAAAUACUUGAUUAAAGAAACAAACAAAAAAAAUAAUGUGCCUCGUUGGGGGGGCUUAAAGUUUUAAGUACACUUACCUUUUUAAGAAGUGUGUUACUUGUACAAGAUUCAGUAGUUAUCUAGAGAAUGAUUUAGUGUAAAUAUGAGAAAUAGAUUUGUUUUUUCAUGUUUUCCCAUGUGUUUCUCACAGUGGUAUUUUUGUUACAUUCUGUCUUAAUUAUUAGCCAAGAAUCAGUCUGUUUUUAGACAAUGAAUUGUUAGUGAAAUUUCUGUCAUUUAAAAUCUUCUUUCAUCAUCAUAAAAAUUCUCAUUGCAUGACUGAGAUAUAACCCAAUUUCAUGAAUAGUUUAUGUAGACUGUAGUAUAAGAAAAUCAGAAUUAAGAAAUAUAUAAACAUAAAUAUAUACAUUUGUAUGUAUACAAUGAUAGAGUCAUUGUUACUUAUGAUAGUAAGUUGUUGUUGCUAUGGCAACAAAACUACAACAUGGCUACCUUUGUAUAUCUUAAUUGUGAAUUUUUUCACACAUAAACUGAAAUAAUGUACAACGUUAACUUAUUCAGAAAGGAAAUGUGUAGUCUGGGAUUUAGUGAUUGAAUAUUUUGUAAGUACAAAAAGGUGAAAACAAUAUCCAAAGGCCCUCUGGGGAGAUCAUAUGUUAUCUGUUUUGGUUUGGGGUUUUCUAAUUAUUUUAUGUUCUGACGGGGUGUUGAUCUGUUUUCAAAGUGGGAGUUUUAGUAUGCAGCAUCUGAGCUUUUGAAUUGAUGGGUUGGAUCGAGGGAAGAGAGACUUGUUUCAUUUUACGUCAAAGAAAUGGAAAUGUUUCCAUAAUAGUAGGCUAAUCACAUAAGGAAUCACACAGAGCAUAUCUCACUAUACUUGGCCAUUUACUGUGGACAGGACAGCUGUCACUGUCAGUGCCUGUCGUGGUCGUCUGAAUGCAUAUCCCAUUGCCAGGUCUCCUUCUCCCCUUUGAUCCAUCCAGUCUGCGCCCAGCUGUGCUGGGAGCCAGUGGCACUGGCUGUGAUGCCGUCAGUGUACGAAUGUGUGAUAUUCACCUUGAUUGCACUUAUGUACAUAAGUCAAAAUACUCAGAAUUUAUUUUGAAUAUACAUAGAUAUAUAUAGCAAAUUGAUAUAAUUCAACUGACUAUAUCGGUCGGAAUACAGGUAAACAGUGGUCAUUUUAAUAGGCUGUUAAAGAGAUAGAUGCUGUUCUGGGUUUUGAGGGAUUUGUCUUUUGUUCUGUUUGCUAUUGCCCUUUUACUGUUCAUAAAAGCAUGGUUUUCUCACUGAAAAAAGGGAUGUUUGGAUACACUUGUGUCAAAGGAGCUUUGUAGAUUGUCAUAGCUUGCAACAGAUCAUUGUGCGCAAUGUGCCCUGAACUAAAUCUGAUUCUGAAGGUGUUUGGAAAAGGGAUUGUAAAACCGAACUCUUUCAGACUAGGCGACUUGUGUCCAGACAUCAGAAACCAAAGAGCCACCUGUUACUGUCUCGCUGUAUUCUCUGAACACGACCCAGUGAUCAGUUUUGUUUUUGUGAGAGUAGUUUUUCUGAAGAUGAGAGGGUGAACUAACAUAUCUGCCAUACUGAAGACCUGAAGUCAUGGCCUAUGAUUGGAUUGCUAAUCUUGGUCUGCCCCCUGCAGGCUAAAAUUGGAACAUACAGUAUAAUAGGUGCUUGGGAUCAGAUGAUGCUAUGGGCUCAUUGCGACAAACACACAAACAGUGAACUUGAGUUAUUGUCUUUUGUACAGGGGGUUGAAUUAUUUUUCACAUUUUAUUUUACAUUACUUAAUGUUUUAUUGUUUUCAUGACAACUCUCCACAAAAUAUAACAGUGGAUUUGCCAUCGGCUUUCAACCAACCAAUUCAAUAUCAACAACAGUCACACAAGAACUACACAUCCAGAAAAAAGGCUCUGCUAGUGCUUAACGUGUACAUUUAAUGUUUUUCAAUUGCUUUGGAAGCCAAUAAAUUUUGUUGCCAUGGCACUUGUCCUAGAAUUGGAGGAGGGGCUGAGUCUCUGUUGGUUGCAAUGUGUCAGUGCACCAUUGGGCCAUGUAGAAACGGUUCAAGGCCUUUUGUCCAUAUAGUAGUGUGGACAGUAUGGAGGUGUUGAGUUAUUCCUUAAAUACAUGCAAAUAAAAACAUGCAAAUUGAAGUACGUGCUGAAAUCACUUCCAUCACUGUGUAUAAUUAAUAAACAAAAAAACAUAGUCCCCAGUAACAUGUCCUCUUGUGCCUAAGCUCUGAAAAGAGAACACACUCUAAAUGAAGAAAGUUGUUUUCUACACCUGGUAAGGCCCUAAAGAGUAACACCCUAAAGAUCCUUUGCAGAGUUUGCACCUAGAAACAGUCAUUUAGCCAACAAAUUCAAAUAAAUUACUUUAGAGACAUUGCCCAACUGUCCAUACAAGUUGUGUCCCUUUAAAUGUAUUCUUUGGGAAUAGCCGUAACUUGCAGUCAUGCUGAACAAAGCUGAGAAUGUCCACAUUGUCUCUAAGCCAUACAUAACAGACUCCCCUCUCCUCCACUUUAGGACACAGUGAAACUGAAUGCUUUUACUCUUACUGUUAAACUGCUUCUCUUUCUAUUUAGCUUGUCGUACUUGUAUGUGCUAAACAACUGUGCUUCAUGCCAAUCUCUUUUGCUAUGAAUAAGUAUCUAGAUAUAUGCAUACAUUACUUCUGAUGUUUUUGUUGGACGUUUUAAUAAAGCACUUAUGGCAA